AUGGAAAUUCUCAAAGAAUUACUUACCAAAACCAGUAUCACUUAUGUUCAGUUAGUCGACUGGGAGGCUGACGAUAUAAUCGCUUCUUUUGUGGCUCAAAAUACCCAAAAAUCGGACUUAACUUUUGAUAUUUUUACACGAGAUAAGGAUUUAUUGCAAUUACUAAGUCAGAAUACUAAUAUUUUGAAAUACAUAAAAGAAAAAAUUACCCUUUAUACUCAGCAGAAUUUUUAUCAAGAACAUGAUUUCCCCCCCAGUAGUUAUGUGGAUUAUUUAAGUUUGCUUGGCGAUAAUGUUGACAAUAUUGAGGGAGUAAGAGGGAUUGGUCCAGUGAGCGCCAAGAAAUUAAUAAAGCAAUUUCACACCGUCGAAAAUGUUUAUCAAAACACUGAGGAUUUACCUGAUAAUAUUAAGAAUUUGUUAAUUGAUAAAGAAGAGUUAGUUUUUCGCAAUAAGAAAGUCAUUAGUUUGGAAAAGAAAGUUCUCCUUCCUUCCCUAAAUUAUGAUUUUGAUUGA